AGGCUGCAGGGACAACAGUACCUUUAUUAGCUUCCCCCAGCACAGCUGGAAAAAAUAAGGAGGACAGACAGGCUUUCAGACAUAUAACCCCUGAGCUUAGCCCCGCAUUCAGUCCUGUCUGCUGAUUUAAUAACAGCUAUCAGCUUUCCCUGCAGGCCGCGUCUUUUGUAUAGCCUUAAACCCUCCCAGUUAAAACACUGCUCCGGCGAAUCAAUCCAAGAUGGUUUUGUCCCUUUGAUCAGCACAGCAGGCAAUAAGUCACCGAUGGAAACGUGUUUCACUUCUGUGGCUCAAACAGGCGAUAGAAACGGUGAAAGACAAACCUCCCAUCCUGAACCGCCUGGCGAAUAUCUUCCACUUCCUGGGCAAGCAGGAGAUGGCCAAAGGGAUAUGCAAUAUGGCACUGGAUGUCCCGCGGGACCCGCAGCUCCACUGGCAGGCGUACUGCACCUGGGCACAGGUAAGCCCUCAUCGGGGCCAGCACAGUAUGCUGGGUGUCCGAAGCGUGGACAGGUCCCCUUACCACAGGGACCCGUCCUGCUCCUCCAGCCUCCAAGACAACCACGGCGCUUCUCUCAGACAGCAUUUGCAUUGCUUGUUUUAAUUGUGGUGAGAAACACGCAGGGAGAAGUAAUUGCCUGACAAAACCAGCGAAGGCUGGUCUGGGAGUGAAGUUGCUACCUGGCAGCCAGGAAACCUGGGCCAGAUCCUGGCUCUGGCACUGAGCUGCUGAGGGACUUCCCCAGGUCCCUCUGGGCAACGUUUCACAGGGUGCAGAGUCACCUCGCAGAACUGGCUUGACUAUUUAAUGACUUUAAUGCUCCCAAAUCACUCAGGAGCAUCAAAAAUGUGCUCCUUAAUCCCUUGAUUUUGCCCAUUUGUAGCCCCCUGUAAACAGGAGUGCACAUUUGUGAGUAUUUCCCAUUACAGAAGAAUCAUGAAGAUUUCUUCAAACCCCAUUUUUAAAUAAAAUAAGGACUCAUUCUUACUUCCUUAUAUUUAAACAGGAUUAUUUAACUCCUCAUAAAAUGAGGCUCAGUGAAGUGAAAUCUCCUCCUCUAGUGGAGUACUUUAAUAUGUGCUUACAACUGCUCUUCAGAGAUGUUUAACUCCCUUUGAGCUAGAGGCAGGAGGCUGAAAAGUGCAGCGUGGAGGUGGUCACUGGGUGCCGGGUGGUGUCUGUCUGCCAGGUUUGACUGGAGAAAGCUGAAAUGAUGUAAGAAAAAAUGCUUUUGAUUUCUCAGCCCUUCUUCAGGCGCACUCCUACAGCCAAGUGGUUCAACCUCUGAACACACUAGGCCAUGCUGCCCCCAUACCUGAGCCUGGAACGGGGAACGGAUGGGCUAGCUGCUUUCAAGGACCCCAGGAUCACCAAGAACCAAAUUUACAGUCAACAGGUCAACAGGAUGAGCAGCAUCUCAGGGGCUUGCACCACCUUUCCUGGUACUGCUAACCAUGGGGUCACGCUUUGGACACUGAGGUGCUGGUGCUGGGCAAGCUGGCCUGGCUCUCUGGUGUAGCCUGGCACGGCCGAGGAGCUGAUCCGAUGCAUGCUAGUGGUUUGUACUCACAUCAUUUCAUCAUCCAUCUUGCAACUGGGCACCAAGCCAAGCUGAUGAGUUUCCUCUGGUCUCCAAAUCCACAUGAAGAUGUAUCCGCAAGAUCUGGAACGUGCAAAGAUGGGACAGGGUCCAGUGCCUGACAGAAGGAAGCUCACGCAUGCUGAAAAUGACCUCAAAAGGGUCCUCAAGGUUUGUCCGUGCCUGAGGACAAACCCGGACAGGGGCCAGGUGAGCAUGGGCACAUCAUACCCCUGAGAUCCCGGGGAGCUCCUUGCAGUGUCCCCAGGUUUUCAUUAACUCUCAGCCCUCAAGUUAGACCACAAAGACUGAGGGGCCUGGCCCUUGGCUGCCUUUCCAUCCUGUUGGGCUCGGUUCCAGUUAGGUGCGAGGGAGAUGGUGAGGUACAGGAGGGCUGAAGGCAGAAACAGGGAACAGAGGGAUUGCUACGGUUAACGUCAGCCUUAGCUGGGAGGGAAUUCUGAGAGCUUACGGGAGUGAAGAGCCACCUGGAGCCAAGCAGUGGGAGACAUUAGACACAAGGAUGGGAGCAGGACUGCAGUCCUGUGUGUACACUAUGGACAUGGUGCUGCGAGCAGGUCAGCCACACUCUUAUUGCUCCUCUCCCCAGAGCCCGAUGGGGAAUGUCAUCCUCGGAGGCAGCCAUUGGUCUCUCUUUUCUCCUGACAGACCCAUUUUGUCCUGCCACCCCUCUACUAUUUUUGACUACCAUAUGAGCAUGGACGCCGUGCGAGAACUGUUCCUGGUGGAUGAAGCUCCCGGACAAAGCCAUGGAGUUUGACCUGGGCGAUACCAUACCCGAACUGCAGCUCUUCAGGGGCAAACGCCUGUGGCUUAAAAGCCAGGAAACACUCGCCAUCAAGUGCUUCAAGCAGGCCGUCGAACUGGACGACGUGGGUUCCACUGAGAGCUUGCGGUGCCUCCCGGAGCCACUGCUUCUGCUCUUUGGCCAGAAGAAGCUGAAGACGGAAAUGCUGGUGCAGGAGAUGGAGCGGUAGGUUAAGAAAGCCGAGGAGAAAUUCGCACGGCAGCACCUGCAGCAGGAGCUGAGGGCAGUCUGCUGCAACCGCACGCUGGAGGUGACCCAGCUCUCCAAAGCCGUGAUCGCCCGGGGGAGGAUGGCGCUGGUGAAGCUGCUGUUUGAGGCAAUGAAGGUCGAUUCUUCCAAGGGCAGGGUGAACGAGCAGCCACUCCCCCUCUGAGUCGUCAGGGUGGCAGCAGGUUCUGCACAGUGGCUGUCUCUCUCAUGAGCUGUCAGGACCUUCUCAGUUUUCUA